AUGGCAAUGAAUUAUCUAAAAUCAUUUUUUAAACUCAAAAUAUUAUUUGAAUUUGCUAUAAAAUAUUUUAAAGGCUGGACUGGAUCUACAGGCAGCACUGGAUCAACAGGAAUUACUGGUUUCACUGGAUCGACUGGUCCUAAAGGAUUCAUUGGACCACAGGGAAAUAUUGGUCCAAUGGGUCUGACUGGAUUUCAAGGGCCUACAGGAGCAACUGGGUUUACUGGUGACACUGGACAGCCAGGUACUGUUGGUUUUACAGGACCAAUGGGUCCCCAAGGAAUACCUGGAAAUACUGGCUCACCGGGAGCUACUGGAACAAAUGGUGCUCAAGGAUCUACAGGAUUGAGAGGUGAUACCGGUGGAACUGGAAAUACAGGAGUAACCGGAGAAAUUGGUAACACAGGUUUAAUAGGUAGUACCGGAUUCCUCGGUUUAAUUGGUAAUACAGGAAGGCCUGGUCAAGUAGGACAGCCAGGUGUGGCAGGAAGGGGUGGUUUUACUGGUGAAACUGGUGCAACAGGUCCCCAAGGACCUAUUGGGGUUACUGGAUCUAUGGGAAUUCAAGGUGCUACUGGUUUACCAGGAAACGUGGCUUCAUCAGGAGCACCAGGAGUUCGAGGACAAUCUGGACAACAAGGUCAACAAGGCUCUACAGGGCAAAGUGGUACUCCAGGCACUAAUGGGGCAACUGGAUUUACAGGAUACACUGGAUUUACCGGAGCUACUGGAUUCAAAGGGCAAACUGGAUUUACAGGCAAUACCGGAUCAACUGGUCAACAAGGCGUUAUAGGUACACAAGGAGCCUUUGGAGCCACAGGCAACACGGGUUCUAUUGGCAUAAAUGGACCUAUAGGACCGUCAGAAACUAUUGCUUUCACUAAUAAAAAUAUAACGCAGUCAAAUAUCAAAUAUCUCUUUCGACCGACUCAAACAACCAGCCAUUCGAUAUUUUUCACGUCUUUAUAUACCCGUCUUAUCGACUUUUUUCGAAAGCCCGUCAUUUCUCUGUCAAAAGGGGAUAUAGGUAGUCCUGGAAGUAUUGGCUCAACUGGAGAUAUUGGUAAUCCUGGAGUUCCGGGCAAUACCGGUAGCCCUGGAUCUCCUGGAAACACAGGUUCAACUGGAACUACUGGAAAUACGGGAUAUACUGGAUAUGUUGGUUUCACAGGAUUUACAGGGACUUCAGGCUCACAAGGUUUUACUGGAAGACAAGGUGACACUGGAUUCACAGGAAUUACUGGUCCUCAAGGUUCAACUGGUUUUGUGGGUUUUUCUGGACAACCCGGAGUUCAAGGACAGCCAGGAUUAGUUGGAACAACAGGAAAUACUGGCCUUCAAGGUUCAACUGGUAACACUGGAGCACCUGGUAAUACAGGAUUGUCUGGAAAUCCUGGCGAAAAUGGAGAUCCAGGCUUAUCAGGCUUACCAGGAAUCCAAGGUAGCACUGGAAUGAUGGGAGUCUCAGGAUCAACAGGAAAUGUUGGCAACACUGGGUUUACUGGUUUUACAGGAUCUUCUGGAUCUACCGGUCAAACAGGAAUGAUUGGAUUUUCAGGGCAGCCAGGUUUUUCUGGAAGUGUCGGUGCCACUGGUGUUAAAGGAUAUACUGGAAACACGGGUAUUACUGGGUCUACUGGCAACGUUGGUGACAACGGUAUUCAGGGUCCUCAAGGUCCAAUAGGGUUUCCAGGUCAAAAUGGAUUACCAGGCUUUUCUGGUUCUUCUGGAAUAAAAGGUUCAACUGGAGCCUCUGGAAGUGUGGGUCAAAUUGGACCUAAUGGUAUCCAAGGUGCUACAGGUUUUACUGGUAACACAGGAGCAACAGGAAUGAAAGGUGAUACCGGAUUUGCUGGGCAGCCCGGAAUAUUGGGUUUACAAGGAGCUACUGGAAAUACAGGUGCGACUGGGGAUCCCGGAGGAGCAGGAGCCAGAGGAGAACAGGGUGGCACAGGUCAACCUGGUCAAAAAGGUGCUACAGGAAUCACUGGACCUUUUGGUCCUUCUGGGGCUCCAGGACAACGUGGUCCAAAUGGAGAUCCUGGUUUUUCUGGAAAUACCGGACCUACUGGAACAACGGGGGUCAAAGGAUCUAAAGGACAAACUGGACCUCCGGGUUUCAUUGGACCUAUUGGCGAUACUGGUUCUACAGGGCAAACUGGUUCAAUGGGAACUCAAGGAAAUCCAGGUACAAUAGGCAACACUGGAAGCAGUGGCUCUCCAGGAAAUCAAGGUGCGCCAGGAAUUGUAGGUUCAACAGGUUCAACUGGCUCAAGUGGAUUUCAAGGAUUUUCUGGCUCCAAAGGAGAACCUGGACUAAUCGGAUCGUCUGGUCCUGCAGGAAACAAAGGUUCAACUGGAUUUUCAGGAUUGAUAGGGUUUACUGGGGCUACUGGAAGUACGGGACUUAUCGGUUUUUCUGGUAGCAAGGGAGUAAAUGGUUCUCCUGGAAAUACAGGUGCUAGUGGAACUAUUGGUCAAACUGGUCAACCAGGUAUACUAGGCCAGCAAGGUGCAACUGGAUUCACCGGAAACACAGGUUUUACUGGUCGUUCUGGCGACACAGGAAAUUCAGGUGUAAUUGGACCAGAUGGUCUUCCGGGAUUACCUGGAAUUGAAGGUCCUCGUGGUUCUUCUGGUAACUUCGGACAAACUGGACCAUUUGGUCAACAGGGUUUUACAGGUUUAAUAGGCAGUCCGGGAAUAAAAGGUGCAACAGGUAGCGCUGGAACAGGUGGAUCUCAAGGAUUUACAGGAGCGACGGGGUUUACUGGUUUACAAGGAGAUACUGGGCAAAAUGGCUUGCCAGGUUUGUUAGGUUUUUCAGGAAUUACUGGAUCAACUGGAAGCAAAGGUUUUCCUGGCCAAAUAGGACCAACCGGAUCUCCAGGAUCUAUUGGCACAAAGGGCCAAACAGGUUUUCAAGGUUCAAUUGGAGAAACUGGAAAUUCUGGAUCAUCUGGAAAUCCAGGCCAGGUAGGAGUACCUGGAGCUCAGGGAUCUACUGGUUUACCUGGAAUAAUAGGUUCUCCAGGAAAUAUUGGUGUUACUGGAUUUACUGGUGUUCAAGGAAGUCGAGGUACACAAGGAUACACAGGAUCAACCGGUUCGUCUGGAUUGCAAGGAGACACAGGAGUUAUGGGUUCUACGGGUUUUACUGGUUUUCCGGGUUUACCAGGAGCUCAAGGAGUUACCGGCCAAAUGGGAGCACAAGGUAACACUGGUGAACAAGGUGACCCUGGUAAUUUUGGUGCAAAAGGACAGCCAGGAAAUACUGGUUCACCAGGAAUUUUUGGAUUUUCUGGAAGCACAGGUUUGACUGGAGCAACUGGACCUCAAGGAGAACAAGGAUUUACAGGACCAAUAGGUUCAAUUGGCUCACCAGGUCAAACAGGAUUAUCUGGACAACAAGGAACUCAAGGUCCAAAAGGAAUAACGGGAGAUACAGGCCAGUCCGGAUUUGUCGGUAUGCAAGGGUUUACGGGUGGAACUGGAAAUACAGGUAAUUCUGGCUCAAUUGGUUUUCAAGGGCCAAAAGGUCAGUUAGGAUGGACUGGUGAAAGAGGAGAUACAGGAGCCACGGGGGCUACCGGAUUUUCAGGAACUGUGGGUACGCAAGGUUUACCGGGAGUUAUGGGCUAUUCUGGUGCUACAGGUUCUACUGGUGUUGUUGGUGACACUGGAUUUACAGGACCUUCUGGUGUUGCUGGACAAAGUGGUGCAAGUGGUACCAUGGGUUCGACUGGAUUUAACGGCUUGCCAGGAUUUAUUGGCUAUACUGGUUCAACUGGAGCUAGUGGAGUGACUGGAGCAACUGGAACAACUGGUCCUAAAGGAAGCAAAGGAGGAACAGGCCUAACUGGUCCAACUGGAAUGACUGGUCAAACAGGAUUAUCUGGUCCAUCGGGCUCAGUUGGGUUACCCGGCCAACCUGGGUUAGGAGGUUCACCUGGAUCAGUUGGCACCGUAGGAGCAUCUGGUCCAAGAGGUCCAACUGGUUUGAAUGGGAAUACAGGAUUUACUGGUUUUUCCGGUAUCACUGGUCCAACAGGUCCAAAUGGAAGUCCAGGAAACCUUGGUGCAACUGGUCCACCUGGCUCCACUGGCCAAGUAGGUGCAACUGGAAACAGUGGAAGUUUUGGAUUACAGGGUUUUACUGGGCCCAGGGGUCUGGAUGGUGAUUCAGGAUUUAGAGGUCCAACUGGAACCGGUGGAGCCACUGGGCGUUUUGGUGAUACAGGUUCUUCUGGUAACGUUGGAGAUACUGGAUCGCAAGGUGCUCCUGGAUGGACAGGCUCUUCUGGAAAUUUCGGUUUUACUGGUUCUUCAGGUGUUAAAGGUCAAAAAGGAUCAACCGGACCUUCUGGACCAACAGGUUCAUCUGGAAAUCAAGGCUCUGUUGGCAACAUUGGGCAAGAUGGCGUACCAGGUUUACCCGGCCCAAAAGGUUCUCAAGGACCAACUGGUCCAAUCGGAAACGUUGGAUUUCCUGGAACAUUAGGAUUUACCGGUGCGUCAGGUAAUACAGGAAGUCCUGGCCCUAUUGGAUUCACUGGUUCCACUGGUUCAUCUGGUCAAUCAGGUAUAAUAGGUUCAAUGGGUUUAACUGGAGAUGACGGUAAUGUAGGAAAAUUUGGACCAACUGGAAACACCGGUGAAUCUGGUAGUCCUGGAAGUCCUGGUAUAAUUGGAGCUACAGGUGUUCAAGGGCCAAGAGGUCAACCUGGUGCUAAUGGCCAACCUGGCGCUAGCGGUGCUCAGGGCCCUGCAGGCGUCAUAGGGGUUAUGGGUUCAUAUGGUGAUACUGGAUCAUCGGGAGAACAAGGUAUACCCGGUUCGAUAGGAUUUACUGGAGCUAACGGAUUUACAGGAAUAACUGGUCAACCAGGACUUUUAGGUUCUAAAGGAUACCCUGGUUAUACGGGUAAUACGGGAUCUCCAGGAUUCACUGGAUUUCAGGGCGAUGUUGGAUUUCCAGGAAUAAAAGGUCAACCGGGUUUUGAUGGGAUAAUUGGACCAAAAGGACAAAAUGGAAAUCCUGGUCCUUCUGGACCGUUUGGACUUGCUGGAUUACCAGGUCCAACAGGAAUUACUGGUUUUACUGGUUUAGUAGGUAAUACUGGAAAUACUGGAAUAACAGGACCAUCUGGUGACACCGGUAAUUCUGGAACUGUAGGGUUACAAGGCUUUACUGGGGCAACCGGACCUUUAGGAGCUACAGGGCCAUCUGGUCGGCCAGGUUUUGGAGCGACUCCUGGAAGAACUGGAAUGAUUGGUGCAACUGGUCAAACAGGCUAUACCGGAAAUACCGGAGCUAUAGGUUAUACCGGUCAAAAAGGUAAAGAUGGAGCUCCUGGAUUGUUAGGAAAUACCGGAUCAUUUGGAGCACAAGGUGACACUGGUUUUGAAGGAGAUGUUGGACCUCAAGGAGCUAGCGGUCAAUCUGGACAACCUGGUAUACAGGGUGGUCCUGGACAGAUGGGUGCUACAGGAUUUACAGGAAAUUCUGGAGCAAUUGGAGCUCCUGGUUCAAUGGGUGCAACUGGGUUCACUGGCUCAAAUGGAAAUACAGGGUUUACUGGAUAUACGGGACAAUUGGGUCCUGUUGGGACAAACGGUAAACCAGGGCCAACAGGAAAUCAAGGAAAUGACGGUUCUAGAGGCCAACAGGGAUUUACUGGUCCUAAUGGUUUACCUGGCAUUUCAGGAUCUUCAGGGGUCAAGGGUGAUAUUGGAGCACCAGGCUCACAAGGUUCUGACGGCCCCCCUGGAGAUAAUGGGCCUCAAGGUUUGCAAGGUAUUACAGGAAACUCUGGACUACCUGGUUUGCCCGGCUCAAAAGGUAGUUUAGGACCUUCUGGAUACACUGGUCCUACUGGCUCAAUUGGUUUCGGUGGCCCACCAGGUGAUGCUGGAAAUACUGGAUUUACGGGUGCUACAGGUUAUACGGGUUUUACUGGUGCCAGGGGGUUAUCAGGUUCAGAUGGAAGUCCAGGAUUGGCUGGUGAUGCCGGACCCCAAGGUGCAACAGGAGCCAUCGGAAACGCAGGCAGCACCGGAUUCACAGGAUUUAUCGGAGAUCCUGGCUUGAGAGGACCGAAUGGAUUUAAAGGUAAUACUGGUUCAAGUGGGUUGGUAGGUUUUACGGGUUAUCCUGGUGUUCCUGGAACUGGUGGAUUCACUGGUUUCACAGGUGGAACAGGUUUUACUGGCGGUAUAGGCUUUACCGGUGUAACCGGAAAUACUGGAUAUACAGGACAAAUAGGUGCCACAGGACCAAAAGGUAAUAAUGGUUUAUCAGGUCAAAUUGGUCCAACUGGUUCAACAGGAAAUACAGGGUUAAAAGGCUUACCCGGUUCACCAGGUUUUGAUGGACCUAGAGGUAUUACGGGAGCCUCAGGAUCAGUUGGUGCACCUGGUUUUAAUGGAGUCGAUGGUUCAAAUGGGGCUGUUGGAGCUUCUGGACUUCAGGGAGCUACAGGACCAAAUGGAAUGGUUGGACCGGUUGGUAGCACAGGUAAAGUAGGAAAUGUUGGAAAUACAGGCCAAAUUGGCGCUGUAGGAGGAAAAGGUCCGAUAGGUUCUCAAGGCCAAUCAGGUAUUCCUGGGGUUCAGGGUGCUGCUGGAACUCCAGGUGAUACUGGAACAUCUGGUUUUGUUGGUAUGACUGGAAGUACAGGUGUCGGAGGCAAAACUGGUGAUGCUGGCAAUACGGGAUCUACGGGUUUUCUUGGACCCGUUGGAGAUUCUGGUAUAAUUGGACAAAUGGGAAAUAGUGGAUCUCAAGGACUUCCUGGAUUAAGUGGGCCCGUUGGACCAACGGGACAAACCGGUUUAGCUGGUCAAGUUGGAAACACUGGCUAUACAGGUGCUACUGGCCUACCAGGCAGAACUGGCGUCUUCGGAGACACUGGAAAUAUUGGAUACACAGGGGCAACAGGUUCGACGGGCAAACCAGGAUUCGUUGGAGCCUCAGGCGUACCAGGAGCAACGGGAUCCACUGGUUCUACAGGAGGACCUGGAAUGGAUUCUACAAACAAAUUGUUGAAUAAAGAUGCUGUGAAAAUAUGGUGCGAUCAGCUAAACUGUGAUCAGUUUUGUGAAGUUGCUCAACUGAGUUAUCCAAAUGGCUCCAUCUCUUAUCAACCAUAUUGCGUUUGUACAGUUUCGUACAUGAAAAUCAGAGUUGCUGGUGGAUUCAAAUGCACAACAUUAAACGAAUGCAACUACAACAAUGGUUUCUGUGAACAAAUAUGUGUCGAUAGAAUGGACGGUUACCAAUGUUCUUGCAGACCAGGUUUUACUUUAGGAGCAAAUAAAAAAAGUUGCACGUCCACAGGAGGUAGUAGCACAGUGUUAAUAAACUACACACCCAUACAUUGCGAGAACCUAAAUGGAGGCUGCUCUGAUUAUUGUAUUAAAGGCACAAAUGGAGCCGCGGAUGUGUGUGCUUGCCCUAAAGGAUACGCGUUAUCCAUGAACAACAGAGAUUGCAUAGAUGUCGAUGAAUGCGCGCUGAAUCAGUCAAUAUGCCCCGCCAGACUGACAUGCAUCAACAGUCUAGGUGGAUACAUCUGCGUGACGGCAACUCUUGAACAGGUAGUAACUCAGCAACAACUUCAAAAUAUGAAUGAUGUCCUUGACAAGCUACCAGCCAUCAACGAAUCGAUGACAAGUGCUAAGCUUAACACUCAACAACUGUCAAGUUCCUAUUGGGGCCUUAUAGCAUUUAACACAUUCGUUACAAUUGCCAUAACAGCAUUAAUUGCUUUGGCAUGCAAAAAGUGGAAGCAAUUGAGUAAUGAAGAAAAUGAUUAUUUAAACAAUUUCGACAGUUUGUCUAGGACACAAUCAAUUGGCAAUAUAAAGUGAUAAAAACAAUUGACUUAAUUUUCAAAUGAGUUUUUUUAUUUGAUUAAGUUGCAUUAAAGCUUUUUUUCACAAAAAACACAGCAUUUGUAAUUCAGCUAUACUAUGAGCGUGUUAUGCUUGUCUUAAAGGAAGUACGGCUUUAGUGCACACUUUUGAAGCCAUUCUUUAAAAAAAUAAAAAAUUAUAACUUUCAUUGUUCAAUUUCUUUACGAAAGUUGAAUUGCAAUUGUCGAUAUAUUUAUAAGCUACUGACACGACAGCAUGAUUCGCUAAUUCAUCACUAAAUGUUUUCAAAUCAUUUUAACAUUAUCAUGUUUUUAUUUAUUAAUAUAUUUCUAAUUGAAUAAUGUUACUUAAUAAUUUUGCGAGUUUUUAAUUAACCUUUAACAUUUUGUAAAUCAAAUUAUACUAUUUUUUAAGAUCAUUUAUUUAUUAUUCAUCUAUUUAUUAAUACCUUUUUUAUUUGAACAUACAUACAUUCAUUUGUUUUUUUUUAGAAAAUAUAAAUAUAUAUAUUCAAGUAUAUGUUUUUACCGAUCAUUACAUACAUUUUUUCGAAGUAGUAAAAUUACAUUUACGUAUUCCA